UGUCUCGACUAUGCCAUUCGCACGUGUUGAAUUGUAAUUUUAUUUGUUAAUUUAGUUAAAAAUGACCGAAGACAGUGAAAAUAGUGAUAAUGCUAGUGAGCAUUCAACAGAAGAAACGGGGGAACAAACGGAUAAUGUUACUAGUGAAAACAAAGAUGAAAAAGAAGACACGGUAACGUUUAAAGAUCUGGGAGUUGUUGAUGUACUUUGCGAGGCUUGUCAAGAACUGAAAUGGAAAAAUCCAUCAAAGAUCCAAAAAGAGGCAAUACCAGUAGCUUUACAAGGAAAAGAUAUAAUUGGUCUUGCAGAGACUGGAUCUGGUAAAACUGGUGCAUUUGCAUUGCCAAUAUUACAAGCAUUAUUGGAAAACCCACAGAGAUAUUUUGCACUGAUUCUAACACCUACAAGAGAAUUGGCAUUCCAAAUAUCUGAACAGUUUGAGGCUCUCGGAGCCAGUAUUGGUGUGAAAUGUGUUGUCAUAGUAGGAGGUAUGGACAUGGUAGCUCAGGCUCUGAUGCUCUCCAAGAAGCCACACAUAAUUAUAGCAACACCUGGACGUCUGGUCGACCAUUUAGAGAACACUAAAGGGUUUAAUUUAAAGGCACUUAAAUUUUUGGUAAUGGACGAAGCUGAUCGUAUAUUAAACAUGGACUUUGAAGUAGAAGUGGAUAAAAUCUUACGUGUGAUCCCUCGUGAAAGACGCACCUAUCUGUUCUCUGCUACAAUGACUAAAAAGGUACAGAAACUGCAGCGUGCAUCACUCCGAGACCCUGUCAAAGUGGAAGUGUCCACUAAAUACCAGACUGUGGACAAAUUGCAGCAGUACUAUCUCUUUAUACCUUUGAAGUAUAAGGACGUAUAUCUCGUGCAUAUAAUCAAUGAGCUAUCGGGUAACUCUUUCAUCGUGUUCGUGUCGACGUGCGCGGGCGCACUACGUGCAGCGCUACUCCUGCGCGCGCUGGGUGUGGCUGCUGUGCCGCUGCACGGUCAGAUGUCGCAGCAGCGCCGUCUCGCUGCGCUCGCAAAGUUCAAGACUAAAGCACGAUCCGUACUUAUUUGUACUGAUGUUGCCUCCAGAGGUCUGGACAUUCCGCACGUAGAUGUGGUGAUCAACCUGGACAUCCCGCUGCACAGUAAAGACUACAUCCACCGCGUGGGCCGCACCGCGCGUGCCGGCCGUGCAGGAAAGUCCAUCACCUUUGUCUCACAGUAUGAUGUGGAACUGUACCAGCGCAUCGAGCAGCUGAUAGGCAAGCAGCUGCCGCUGUAUCCCACUGAGGAGAGCGAGGUCAUGGUGCUGCAGGAGAGGGUGGCCGAGGCGCAGCGGCUCACCAAGAUUGAAAUGAAGGAACUGGAAGACAAGAAGAGUCAGAAGGGCAAGAAGCGCGGCGCGGAGUCUGAUGAUGACACCGAGGAGGCGGCGGGCGUGCGCCGGCGCAUGCGCGGACACAAGCACGCGCGCGGCGGCAAGCGGAAACGAUGAUUACAUAUUAUGUCUAAUAUU